CCCAGGAGGGAACAAUGAGGCCAUUAUGACCCUCACAGUAUUCUGGUGGCCUCACAAUGUCCCCCUGAGGUCACCACAGAGAUAACCUUACUACCCCCUACGUCCGAGGCACAAGUCUGCUGAGGCCAGCCGUGGGUGAUCAUCCUUGGUCCUCCUUUUGGCCACCCAGGGGAAGGCUCGGGCCAGAGGGAAGCCUCUGAGGGAACCAGGAGCCGGGACGCACCUUACCCACCAAGGAGCAGCCCAAGGGAGACUUCCAGCUUCCAUCCUGGAGGUCCUCAUACCCAGUUCCCUUCCCCAGGAAGAGAUGCAGAAAGACACUUCGCAGCCACCCCUAUCUGCGCCCUUGGCCUCAAACACCCCCCUGGGUGCAGGCCAGCAGGCCAGCGUGUCAGGAGGCCCUAGCAAGAGCGAGGCUGGGCGCGGCGCCUGCCAGAAGAAGCCCAGCAUAUCCAAGGUGAUCCUGGGGGUCGUGGCGGACAAGGGGGUGUACAACCGCAUAUCCCUGGCCGCCCUGAAGAAGGCUGUCGCCAACGGGGGCUACAACAUGACCCGCAACGCCUGGCGCUUCAAGCGAGUGCUCAAGGGGCUGGUGGACAAGGGCAUGGUCAAGCAGGUGACCGGCAAGGGGGUCUCAGGCUCCUUCUGCAUGGGCAAGAAGAACGCCUCCGAGUUCAAGCUCAAGGUCAAGAGACAGUGGCAGCGGCGGCCGCAGUUGGGGCAGCGCCGGUCUGGGCAACGCCCGCCUGGGCCGCAGCGGCCUGCGCAGCGCAGGUGGUUACUGGGCUCCAAACAGGGGCACAAGCGGCGCAUCAAGGGUGUUCGCAGGGUGGCCAGAUGCCGCCGCCAUUAACGAAGCAAGCCGGGCAAGCAGGCGGGCGCCAGGCCUGCCACAGGCUCCGCGCAGCGGGAAUAAAACGAGCCUGCCGUAUGUCA